CCGUGAUGCCUUGGGCUCUUGUUUUGGCAUUUUUUGUGUGUAUUUUGUAUUUUUCUGGUAUAUAGAUAGAGACUCUGUGAUACUGAUUAUAAUUGAUCUUGAGAAGAUAUGGUGGAGAAAUGGAAUCACGGGGGUUGGACAGUGGUGGUCUAAAAACCAGAAAACAUACCCACAUGGAAUUUGUGGGGAUCGGUUACAAACACAUAAGUGAAAUCACUACCCCAUCACUCGCAGAUCUCUUGGUACUCGGAAUUCCAGGCUUACUUUCUGUUUGUUUCUCCAGAAAAUUCCCUCUUUCUUGAUGUUUUCUCUGGCCUAAAUGUUGCCCUUUUGAUUCCCAGCUAUGUAAAGUUGUGCCAGACAUGAAUUUUAGCUAUUGGGUAUUUGUUUUUGCGGAGUUUUAGCAUCUGGGUCUUGGAGUUUAUGAAGUUUUGUCGACUGUGUGGAGCAGUUUUGAGUUUUAGCUAUUGGGUUUUUGUUUUUGCUGAGUUUUAGCAUCUGGGUCUUGGAGCUUGUAAAGUUUUGCAGACUCUUUGAAGAGUAGUUUUGAGUUCGUUUGAAGAUAAUCUUGGAGUUCAUGAAGUUCUGUUUGUACGAGGCAAUGCAGAGUUUGUAAAUUGAUGUUUGAAUGGCUUCUGUGAUUGUUGUUUAUGGUGGUUUUGAUCAGUGGGCACUGUUUAUGUAGAGAAAGUAAAGUUGUUGACGUUAGAACAGAGUAUGGAAAGAAGAGGGUUUUUGUUGUGGAGAUUAGGAUUACUGGUUUUGACAUUGAUGGAUGGCUCUUUUGCAACUCUCUCUCCUUCUGGUAUAAACUAUGAAGUUGUAGCUUUGAUGGCUAUAAAAAAUGGUCUCAAUGACCCAUACACUGUUCUGGAGAACUGGGAUAUUAAUUCAGUUGAUCCUUGUAGUUGGAGGAUGAUUACAUGCACUCUAGAUGGCUAUGUGUCUGCUUUAGGACUGCCUAGCCAGAGCUUGUCGGGGACCUUAUCACCAUGGAUCGGAAACCUCAGUAACUUGCAAUCUGUGUUGCUGCAAAAUAAUGCAAUUCUGUCCGCCAUUCCUGCUGAAAUUGGGAAGUUGGAGAUGCUUCAGACACUUGAUCUCUCCAACAAUAAGUUUAGUGGUGAAAUACCCACUUCUUUGGGCAACCUCAAGAAUCUGAAUUAUUUGCGACUAAACAACAAUAGCCUUACUGGACCCAUUCCUGAAUCUUUAUCCAAAAUUGAAGUCCUCACUCUUGUGGACCUUUCUUUCAACAAUCUUAGCAAUUCCGUGCCAAAAAUAUCUGCAAGAACUUUCAAAUUAACGGGCAACCCUUUAAUUUGUGGACCUAAUUCAAAGUACAACUGUUCUGUUUAUCCUGAGCCACUCUCCUUCCCGCCAGAUGCUGAAACAGAAUCAGGGAAGAAAAACCACCGUGUGGCUUUUGUAUUUGGUGCUAGCUUUGGAUCUGCACUUUUAAUCAUAGUAAUUAUUGGAUCACUUGUUUGGUGGAGAUAUAGACACAACAAGCAAAUUUUCUUUGAUGUUAAUGAUCAAUAUGAUCCAGAGGUAUGCUUGGGCCAUUUGAAAAGGUAUACCUUUAAAGAACUCCGGGCUGCAACCGAUCAUUUCAACGUGAAGAAUAUUUUAGGGAAAGGCGGAUUUGGAAUUGUCUACAAGGGUAGCUUAAAUGAUGGGACUACGGUGGCUGUGAAAAGGUUGAAGGACUUUAACGGUGUUGGCGGUGAAAUCCAAUUUCAGACAGAAGUAGAGAUGAUAAGUUUGGCAGUCCAUCGGAAUCUUCUGAGGCUUUGGGGGUUCUGUACGACUGAAAAUGAGCGGAUUCUUGUUUAUCCAUACAUGCCAAAUGGGAGUGUAGCUUCUAGAUUAAGAGAUCACAUUCAUGGUAAACCAGUUUUAGACUGGUCCAGGCGAAAGAGGAUAGCUUUGGGUACAGCACGGGGGCUACUAUAUUUGCAUGAGCAGUGCGACCCAAGAAUUAUUCACCGGGAUGUUAAAGCAGCCAACAUUCUGUUGGAUGAAGACUUUGAGGCAGUUGUUGGAGAUUUUGGGUUGGCAAAGCUCUUGGAUCCCCACGAUUCUCAUGUGACGACAACCGUGCGUGGAACCGUCGGCCACAUUGCUCCCGAGUAUUUGUCAACUGGGCAAUCAUCAGAGAAAACUGAUGUGUUUGGGUUUGGAAUCUUGCUCCUCGAGCUAAUUACAGGCAAGAAGGCUUUGGAGUUUGGUCGAGCAGCAAACCAGAACCAGAGAGGAGUAAUGCUUGAUUGGGUGAAAAAGCUUCACCAGGAGGGAAAGCUGAAUGUAUUGGUGGACAAAGAUUUAAAGGGAAAAUUUGACCGCGUAGAGUUAGAAGAAAUGGUUAAAGUUGCCCUUUUGUGUACUCAAUUCAAUUCUUCUCAACGCCCCAAAAUGUCCGAAGUAUUGAGGUUGUUGGAAGGGGAAGGCUUAGCUGAGAAAUGGGAAGCCUCACAAAAUGUUGAGACGCCAAGGUACCUCCGAUCAUUUGAAUAUCCUCCUGAAAGAUAUGCAGAUUUCAUAGAAGAAUCUUCACUCACACUCGAAGCAAUGGAACUCUCUGGCCCCCGGUGACAAAUUUUUUUCCCCUUCCUAUACAGUUAAAUUUCUCUGUUUCAUUUGGUUGCCCAGCUUUGAAGUGAAAGAAGUAUUUGAUUGGUGUUGAUAGCUAUUGAAUAUGAAUGUAUUCAUCUGUAAAAAGAGUAAUAUAUAUAAAGCAUUUUGUUCUUUGUGAAAUAUUGGUUGAGUUGAUAGGAA